AUGGAUAAGAGUUGGAUAAACAUAUUGAAUAGGAAUGAUCCUCUAUAUAAGAAUGGAGUCAAAAGGUUUCUUCACUUUGCCUCAUUAGAUAGGCCUAAUGCAUCUGAAAUCUUGUGUCCAUGUCGGAAGUGUCGUAAUAUGAAAUUUAUCCCAAAAGAGUUGAUUGUUGAACAUAUUGUGGUUGAUGGAUUUCUACCUAGUUACGUUAAUUGGAUUUUUCAUGGUGAGACAUCAUCUUCAUCAAUGUCUGUGGAUAGAUUAGAUAUAGGUGAUGAGAUACAAGGCUUGGUGCAUGAUGCUUUUGGAGUUCCUCCUACUAGUGACUUUAUUAAUAUGGACACUCGUGGUGAUAGUUUUGGUGGGUCAAAUCAACAUAAUGUGGGAUUUGAUAUGAAAACUGAAAAGUUUUUUAACUUAUUAAAAGAAGCUGAGCGUGAAUUAUAUCCUGGAAGCAAAUAUUCACUUCUUUCUUUUCUUGUUCGUCUAUUACAUUUAAAGUGUCUCAAUGGGUGGAGUAACAAUUCAUUUUCCAUGUUGUUAGAGUUGUUAAAAGAUGUAUUUCCUGAAAUAUUACCUAAGUCCUUUAAUGAUGCAAAAAGAAUUAUUAAAGAUUUAGGACUUGAAUACAAAAAAAUACAUACGUGUCCAAAUGAUUAUAUGAUCCAUUGGAGUGAGACAAAAGAUCGAACUGAUUGUAAGUUUUGCAAAGCUCCAAGAUACAAACAAUUUGUAGGUGAAUCUGGUAGUUUGGAAACCUCAAAAAUUCCAGCAAAGGUGUUUAGAUACUUCCCAUUGAUACCGAGGCUUCAAAGAUUAUUCAUGUCAUCUAAAACAUCUACUGAUAUGAGAUGGCAUGCGGAAGGUCGCACUAAAGACGGGGUAAUACGGUAUCCUGCUGAUAGUAUUGCUUGGAGAAAAUUUGAUGAAUCGCAUCAAGAUUUUUCUCAAGAUCCUCGAAAUGUUAGACUUGGAUUGGCUUCAGAUGGAUUUAAUCCAUUCAAGUCUAUGUCUAUCUCACAUAGCACAUGGCCAGUUGUCUUGGUUCCAUAUAACUUGCCACCUUGGUUGUGCAUAAAACAACCAUACAUGAUAUUAUCAAUGAUUAUUGAUGGCCCUCAUGCACCAGGUAACGAUAUUGAUGUCUAUCUACGACCGUUAAUUGAUGAGUUAAAAGAAUUGUGGGUUGGUGUUGACACUUAUGAUGCGUCAAAGAAUCAUAUGUUUCAAAUGCGUGCUUCAUUUCUUUGGACAGUCAGUGAUUUUCCAGCACUAGGUAACUUAUCAGGAUAUGGUGUGAAAACUAGAUAUGCUUGUCCAUGUUGUCUGACCAAGACUAAAUUUCUGAGAUUGAAAUAUGGGCGAAAAUAUUGCUUAUGUCGCAUAUGCGUUGGUUAUCCCAUGGGCACAAGUUUCGAAAAGAUAAAGUUUCGUUUGAUGGUUUUAAGGAGUUAG